AUGCGCAUGAUUGAAGUAAUAGCAAAUGACCGCUUGGGACGGAAAGUACGUGUCAAGUGCAGUCCCGAAGACACAGUGGGUGAUCUGAAGAAACUGAUUGCGGCCCAGACUGGUACCGCCCCGCAUAAAUCGUACUCGACGUUUAAAGAUCAUAUUACACUGGCCGACUAUGAAAUUCAUGACGGCGAUUCAUUAGAGCUGCAUUGA